ACACUAGUGGCCGAAGCUUCGUUCGCGGAGAUGGGCGAGUAUCGACUCGAGUCACUCCGUAUCUCUCGGGACCGACUACGUCGUCCACGGGCGCGUCCGCGUCCGCGUCCUGUCCUGCAGUCAACCAUGGCGACCGUCGUGGUGCGCCCGAUGCUGGUCAAGGCGCGAGGGCCAUCCUCUGCUGGAAAGGGCCGUGCCCGGAAGGCUCUUCUCCCCUCUUUAGACACCAAUCCAUCGUCGUAUGAUCGCACGGACCCGUUUGCAGCGCUCAACGUCCUUCGGACCCUCGUCGCGUCGCUGCCCGCGCGUAUCGGCGGGUGCGCGUACAAGCUCACGCCGGAGGAGCACCGGCUCUCGCUGCACCUCCUCACCAUUGUGGAGCCCUUCGUUGGGCUGGCCCCGCAGAGGAGGACGCUUACGCGCCAGCCGACGGAGAUCCUUGACGCGAUCGUAUUCCAUCUCGACGAGAAGCGCGACCUGCUGAACAUUGCGCUCGCGUGCAAGCGGCUGCACGGGAUCAUCUUCCCGAGGCACUUCGAAUACCGCGUCGUGCGCUGCAAGAUCAGCAGGAUCGCGGUGUGGAACCACCUCGCUGUCCAUCGCGGCCUCGCGCGCAAUGUACGCCGGCUCGAGAUCAUGGACGAGCGAGGCACGGAGCCCGAGUCUGUCCCCUCUGACAUUCUCACCUCAGACACCGACCUGGAGUCGACAGAUGAUGAGCUGGGCAUGCACGACAAGCAGGAGCGCAUCCUCGUCUCCGCCCUCACGCGGAUGACCGCCCUCGAGUCAUUCGUGUGGUCGUGUAGCCAUUCGCCGAUCUCGAUCGAUCUCGUCUGGCCGACUCUCCGCAAGUGCCAGGCCCUGAAGAAUGUCCAGAUCAACGACAAUCUUGUCUUCGCGCCGAGCGAGCUGCCUGCGAGCGAGGGACAAACCAGCAAGAACAAGAGGCGCCAGUACGUCCUGCCCGCGCUGAAAACGAUCAGCCUGCAGUCGACCAAAUACACGUAUGGCGCGUCCAAGAAUCCCGAGAUGACUCGCAUCUCCGGCAUGCUCACCAACUGCCCGGUACUGGAGUCCCUGAGCAUCGCAUACCAGCCCCGGCGCGCGGUGGGCUUCCAUCUACCCGCAGCAGACGACUUCCUGCUCUGUGCGCGCUGGUCCACCCUGCGUACUCUGGCCCUCACCAAUCUGCGUUGCUCGCCGCUUGCUGGCCCGGACGCCGUCGCGUCGUUCCUCGCUGCGCACGUGCAGCUCGAGGUCCUCCACUUGGAUAUCUCUUUCGGGGCCGCGAGGGCGGCGACGAUCUGCUUGGCGGAUGAGACCCUGCCGAGGCUGAAGGAGCUGAAGGCCAGCCGGGAGGUAGCGAGUGCCAUUCUUGCUUGCCCGAUAUUGCCCACGAAGGCUCAUCCGGAGGGCCGUCCGCUCGAGACACUGAAGGGAUUGAGAUUAUCAGGGCCCGGUGGGAACGUGUUCCUCGCCAAUUUGGGGGCAUUCGGGCAUAUCGUGAAACGGAUAGAACUCGUUAACUAUGCCGACAUCGACGAGGUCAGAAAGCUUUCGGACGCAGCCCCGCAGCUCACCUGGUUGGACGUCGGCAAGCGGAUCGACGGGCAUGGGGCUGCGGGGACCGCAAUGGGCGUGGAUCGAGCCGGGCGGCCUGCACCGGCGAUCGCGACGAACUUUACAGAGUGGGCCAGCGUGCUCGCGCACUUCCCCCAGCUUGCGACCUUCCACGGCGUGCGCUUCUUCUACGAGGUCGCUCCGGCGGCGCUCGCGCCACCGUCCGCCUCGUUCGUGCACAACUCCUCGUCUGGCGUGCAUGCAGCGACGAUACCCCUCGCGCCGUCAGAGCGCACGCGCCUGCCGGUGACCCCGUCAGAUCGGAGCAGGAUGCGCAAGAACGAAGAGGUCGCGGCGACGUUCGCGUGGAAAUGCCAGAAACUGCGCAGGAUGGACCACUGGGAGGAGGGCACGGGACGCGUCGUCGUCCUCCUCAGAGACGGCGAUAAGGCCAGAUAUGAGGUCAGACGGGUCAGAAGUUAGUAUACCUGGUGAAUGGUGACAGACCACGAGAUGCGCUGGCCCCGUAAUUCGCCUAAUAAAUUAUUGGCGGGAGGGUUUUCGAGUUAGUAACUUAUGGCUGACCGGUAAUGCUAACACGUUUGCCUCCCGCAACGCAGAGGUUUUCCAGAUUUGAGCCUGCUCGACUCGUCACUUUCAUACAUAUUGAGCACAUCCUCAAAUGUUACAAGGCCAAACAGAGAGCGGGAACAUCAUGAUGCUG